CGGCCACGCAGUGCCGCGUGUUGGAAUUGGUAUCGGGAGUAGCCAAAAAUGGUGCAGCACAUAUAGUAUGUAUGUACUUUAUAUUACUGCAUCUUUGACGUUUAUAAAACCGUUGAUUUCCAAUGUUACAGGUUUGUCUCACACUAGACGUUGAUGACGUUAUUGGCUGCCGCCGGAAGUGGUCGUUUGAAAUUGUAGUUCGCCACUACGUCCGCAUAUCAGCAGAAACCAGUUGUAACGCUGCUUCGGAUAUGGAUGACGCAAGGAUUAACAAAGAGGCUGCAGCGGGUAAAGAUGGGGAACAAAGUGGGCCAUCUCACGAGUUUGUGAAAAGCGAAGCCUCAAGUCCAAAGCAACAAAGUCCUGCUGAUAUUUCCCCAUCUGCAUCUCCCGAGGCCAGUGGAUUGUUGUCAUUGCCAUGGGAGAUGGUAUCCCAAAUUGUGUCACACCUUCCGGCUCAUUGUGUCAUUUCUGUGCUACCAAAGGUUUGUUGUGCUUUGCGCAAUGUCGGGAAGGAUAGCACAGCCUGGCAGCUGCGGGCGCGCAGACUCAUCGGGUCUAACGUUAGCUUUCCAGUUGGGCCAAGGGAAGACUUCGACUGGCCCAUUGCUUGCUUGGAGAUGGAGAAACUGAUUUCAUGCUGGUCCAGCGUCGCACAGGUUGUGACAAGGGAGCCUCAAGAUUCUGCGGCGGACCAAGUAAGGGCCUUGCAAGAUGGGUUACCAGCGGCCGAGGGACAAGAAGAUGAUGGAGCGGAUGUUCUAGAACCGGAGAGAGUUGGAGUGCUUGAGGAAGCAUAUAAUGGUGAGGAAGGAGUGGUAUUCGGCGAGGAGCAUCUGGUCCAGUUGAGGGAAGUACUGGAUGAAAGAUUAGAAGAUCAUCAAGAACCAGUGAUCGAGGAAGUUGAGGAUCACCCAAUUUUAUUUGAAGGCCAAAAUGACGCUCCUGAUCAUCAGCAGGGGGAUCUUGAGUUUCAGGGUAAUGGAGGACAUGUAGAAGUAGAGCAUCAACCCUCCAGAGGUCCGAGUCCACCCCCAGAACUUGAGUGCAUCACUGUACUUUCAGGACAUAUUGGGGCGAUCAACUCCAUCCUCUUAUUGGGGGGUGAUGGGGCUGUUUGUGCCACGGGCUCCAGAGAUUGGGAUGUUAAACUUUGGAAUUUACAGGCAGACUCUGGCAACAUGCUUAUGCAUACCUUGACAGGCCAGGGCCACUUCAACACUCAUCAGGGCUGGGUGUGGUGUUUGGCAUCUCAGGGACCCCUUCUGGCUUCGGGGGGCUCUGACGAAACUGUGAGGUUGUGGGACCUCCAAGCUUGUGGGGCAGAGAGGGGCGUGAUCAAGACUGAAGCUGUCGUCAUCUGCAUGUCUUAUCUGCCAGAUGUAUUGCUGGCUGGUACUUUUAAUAAGAAGAUCCAAAUGUAUGACCCUAGAGCUGCUGUUCCAUUGGUGAAAACCCUUAAACACCAUAGCAAUUCUGUCCUGUGCCUGGCAGCAGACGAUAAGUACGUAAUAUCUGCGAGUAGAGACAACACUGUGGUCGUCCAUGAUCGCAGGGCAGACAAGAGAUUGAUUAAAGUUCGGCUGCGCUCUUACCUGCGUUCCAUGAGCUAUAGUGGCAGCGAGAUUUGGGGAGGUGACUUAAAGGGCAAACUCCGUUGUUUUUCCAUAAAGCAAGGGAUCAUAAAACGCCUGUCAUGGUUCGAUGUGGGGCACACAGCUAUGAUCACAGGCAUUAACAAGUCACCUGGAAGCCUCUAUACGUGUUCCUCUGAUUUUACUGUCAAGGUGCACAUCCCUUGUGGGCCUCCAAAGACAUUAUGCACGAUGCGACACCAAGAAGGAGUCUUAGGGCUGAGUGUGGAGGCUGGAGUCCUUGCUGUUGCCUUGGGGAAUAUGUGUGUAGAAAUCUGGAGACCCACAAAGAGUGAGACUUGAAAUUCGAGUUGGACACACCUUAGUGUCCUUCACAAUACUGUUCCAACCUGUAAAGUGAUGAAUGUUUUCAGCACUUCUCUUUAAAUAUACUUGAUGUACUCUUUAGAUACAAGUCUUGAAAAUGGCUAUGCAGGAUCUUUAAGUUGAGAAAAUAAGGUGACAUUUAAAAAUAGAUCUCUUAUUUGUAUAGAAAGGCACAUUUUAAAUUAUCUUCAUAUAAGGUCAGUCUGUAAUUGAGUUUACAGUAUACUAUGUAUACCAUAUGGUGUAUAUUUGAAUGUAUGUGUUUGUCUAUAUAAUACACUAUAUACAAUUUCAUUUAAUAAAUUCAGAAUGUUGUUGAAAGUUUAUAUUUGUUUCAAUAAGUGAAACUUAAUUUUUUUUACACAGCUUCAUUAGCCACCUAAUUGCAAUGAAAAAUCGAUUUUCUCAUGUAACAUUCUAAUUUCUUGAGUUGGUAAGAUUUGGGUUUCUUAUGACUAAUUUAUUACAAAAGUGAAAAAUAAAGUGAUGAAAUGCUUCAUGUUGUUUAGUAAAUCUCUAAGUCUUGACCAGGACAGACCUAGGCUUUCAUGUUGACUGCAAAAUGCGCUGUCAAUCAACACCACCUUUGGUCAUCAUUUUGUGGCUGUAAAGUCACGCAGCAAGGAGGAUUAACGAUUGCUUUGUGAUUAAAGAAGGUGGCAAUUACUAUUUUUUUGACUUUGUAUUUUUUUCCUUCUUGGUAAAUAUAAUUUAGAUACAUUUAUAUUUCGUUGGGUUGUCUCUGAUAUUAAAGC